UUGUCUUUUUACAACUCUUCUCUGCAUGUAGGGUCUCGCACAUGCUGCUGGCUGGGAUAUAAGGAAGACUAACGUCAAAAGCUUCAACUUAAAAAGGAGAGGCACACACGACAGCAGCAUUGGGCUGGAACCUGAGAACUAAGAAACUAGAACCCUGGAUUAUCCCGCCGCCACCAGUUGGCUUCAAGAACUCCAAGUUCAGCUCAUGCCCGAGGUGGUGAGAGGCACAGAUUGCGUACAGGAGCUCAACUAGAUCUCCACGCUCUGUGGAAGUCAGAGAGAACACUGGCAGCCAGUGCCUUCUUCAAAACACGGGGUGAGAUGAAACCAACGCUGUGGGUGUUCUGAGCAUUUAUUGGUGCAAGCCCUGGGCGAAGACCAAGGACUUUGGGUACAGAAAUGGAAGCUGUGCAUUCGGAGGACAGCACACCUCAUGUGUGAGCAACGAGGCCAGGCAGAGUUAAUGAUUUCUCAGAGGCGCUGCUGCGCAGCGGGGAAGAACACAGAGUCUCGGUCAGUCGGAUCAGGUCCCCACGCCAGGGGCUCCCUCCGUGAUCAUGGGCAGGCUGCUCACUCACAGAGGCGAUUUCCUCGACUGUAAAAUGGAGUUGAUAAUAGGACCAGCUCCUCGAGGGGCUGCGAGGUCUGCGGCGCUGCGCGUGCAGCAGUUCACGGUGCUGGCUCAGAGCACAGUUCUGCGUUCAGAAAUUGGCUUCAGAGACAAAGGAAGGUGAACUUGUUUGGACAGAAGGAGUUUCUCUUCCUUUCAGCCACGCCAGCCUGUGAGCCUUCAUAAAGCAGUGCAAGUGGCUCCUCCUUUCUUUGGCAGACACUGAGAGACUCAGCAUUCACCAGUGGCCCGUUACUAAGACAAAGGGUGUGCACUCCCUGGCCAGGAGACCCGCGCAGUGAAACUAUUUCCUCUCUGCAUCAAGGCCCCAGGAUAUGCAGAAAUUUGCUGCAGGGCCCGAACCGCCACCAUGGGGCCCUGCCUGCGGAGACUCAGCCGUCUGGGCCAGGCUGUCCAGUGGCUCUUGCUUCUGGCUGUGUUGAUCUUCCUUCUCUUCACCCUGCCCUCCUUUAUUAAGGAGCCCAGUACAAAGCCUGUCAGGCAUCAAUAUAUACAGAACAUUAAAGAAAGGUCCCCAGAGUUGCUACAAAAGUCCGUGUCCCAGUCACCGCCAAUGGGAAGUAGGACCAUCGUGCGUGUGGAGUCAGCGCAAGAGAAGAGCGUGGCGGACACGCGCCCCACGGCCAAGGCCCGCACCGCUGCCGAUGGUGGAGGAACAGAGGCGGGCAGGGCCGCGGCGGAGCAGCGGGGCAGUGCGCCCAGCACAGCGAGGACGGGGGCACCGAAGAGUUGGGAGAGGAAGCACAUCGCGGUGGACACACUGUCCCCGAGAAGUCAGGAUGGCGGGGUGGCCUCUGACAGGACAGAGGCACUGAGGCUGAAGAGUCAGAACGCGAGGACAACCAAGGGAAUGGGGGACCAGAUGAAGAAGGCGGAAGCCGCAAAGACGGUGCCAGUGAAGCCUCAGGGCAAAGCAGCAGCGACAGCAAAGAUACCCAUUCGGGAAAGCGAGGCCAGGGCCCUGACCACCACGGCAGCAGGGUCAACGAGGAGGAGGACGAAAGGAGCGACCACGGCGCUUGUCCCGCCCAAGGAGAGAGCCCGGGCCACGCCAGCCUCUGCCGGUUCCCAGAGCUCCACCACUCAGAGAAGCCAAAGCCUGAAGGCCGCCAACUUCAAGUCUGAGCCUCGGUGGGAUUUUGAGGAAAACUAUAGUUUGGACGUGGGGGGCCUACAGACGACCUGCUCUGACUCGGUGAAGGUCAAAGCUUCCAAGUCACUCUGGCUCCAGAAUCUCUUUCUGCCCAACCUCACCCUCUUCCUGGACUCCAGCCGCUUCAACCAGAGUGAGUGGGACCGCCUGGAACACUUCGCACCGCCCUUUGGCUUCAUGGAGCUCAAUCACUCCCUGGUGCAGAAGGUUGUGACACGCUUCCCUCCAGUGCCCCAGCAGCAGCUGCUCCUGGCCAGCCUCCCUCCUGGGAGCUCCCAGUGCAUCACCUGUGCAGUGGUGGGCAAUGGGGGCAUCCUGAACGACUCCCGCAUGGGCCAAGAGAUAGACAGCCACGACCACGUGUUCCGGUUGAGCGGAGCUGUCAUUAAGGGCUAUGAACAGGACGUGGGCACUCGGACAUCUUUCUACGGCUUUACUGCCUUCUCCCUGACCCAGUCACUCCUUAUAUUGGGCAAUCGGGGCUUCCGGCACCCACCUCUGGGGAAGGAUGUCCGCUACCUGCACUUCCUGGAAGGCACCCGGGACUAUGAGUGGCUGGAAGCACUGCUUCUGAAUGAGACCCUGGUGAAACAGAACCUUUUCUGGUUCAGGCGCAGGCCCCAGGAAGCUUUUCAGGAAGCCUUGCAGCUGGACAGGUACCUGCUGCUGCACCCAGACUUGCUCCGAUACAUGAAGAACAGGUUUUUGAGGUCUAAGACCCUGGACUCUGUCCACUGGAGAAUAUACCGCCCCACCACUGGGGCCCUCCUGCUGCUCACUGCCCUGCAGCUCUGUGACCAGGUGAGUGCCUACGGCUUCAUCACCGAGGGCCAUGAGCGCUUCUCUGACCACUACUAUGACAAGUCAUGGAAACGAACCAUCUUUUACAUCAACCAUGACUUCAAGUUGGAGAGAACACUCUGGAAACGGCUACAUGAUGAAGGUAUCAUCCGGCUGUACCAGCGUCCUGUAACUUCCAAACCUCAGCUCUGACUGGAGCCUGGGCUGCAGCAGUCUCCUUGACCAUGCAAGGUGCAGUGGGAGCCUUGAGACUCUUCUGCCGUUUUCCCAGGGCUCAGACCAGGCUUCCAGCCCCUCCAGGCUUCCGCGGGGGCAGAGGAGGAGACGCCCUCAGGGCGGCAAAUGACUGGCUGAGGUUUUGGAGACCUUGAAAAGUCGCUACCUUGGAAAGUUCUGUUCCCUGGAGGGGGAUCUCCCUUCUUGAGACCCAGGAACUUUAACUAAAUGGGGUAGUGAGCGGUCAAUACCACAAACCUCUGUGGAAAAUCCCCCUUCUCUGGCCCAAAGCUACUGGACACAGAGGAAAAAGCUGGAACUUACGGAGACAUAUAGAUUUGCGUUUGAAUUCCAGAUCUUCUCCUUAGCAGCUGUGAAAUCUUGAAGGUAUUACUUAAGUUCCCCCUGGAUUGAAGCUUCCAGGGGUUAUUGAUUCUAGAAGGGUCGGCACCUGUGUUUUGUCUUCGAGCUAUUUGACAAGUCUCUGGGUUGUAAAAAACUGAUAGUAAUAAAAAUGAUUCUUGUCCAUGGGAGAUGCAAAUAAAUUUCGUGCAACGAAGACACAGGUAAUUGUUCCCCUAUGGAUAGUGACCAGUUUUGUACCUAUCAGCAAAUUCGUUUAUCGUUCCUGACUGCCUAUAUGCGUGUCCAUACUUGGGGUUCUCAAGUGAACAGUCUUUACAUCUUACUAGUUCCUUCAUUAAUUAAUGAGCUAGAUAAAAUAUUUGACAUGUGGGGGCUGGCCCCAUGGCCGAGCGGUUAAGUUCGCAC